UUUUAUAAUCACGUCACGGCCACAAACGUGACUAAAACAUUGUCGGAAAGUCUAUAAAUACUGCUGUAUGUGCACAGGCAGUUCAGAUUAAACUUGAAGGAAAACAACAAUGAGGCUUUCAGCGAUAUUGGUCGGUCUUCUGUGCUGUUCUGGAACAUUUGGUGCAACAUUCUAUCGAUGUUACUGGAUUAAUUCACCUACUGUAGACUGUGACAGAUUUUCUCCCGAGCCAACUUGCGGAACUAAUCUAGUCACUUACAAGAAUAAAUGUGAGUUCAGCAAAGCUCACUGUGUCGACAACACCAUUGACUUGAGACAUACCGGAGCCUGUACAUCUGCUGAUGGUACAACUCCGGCACCUGUGAAUGCUGCUGGGUCCGAGAUCGUGUUUGACUUCAUGUGCACAAGUCUUAGCCACCUGUCCUGUCCAGCAGGAGGAGAAAAAACUUGCACAUCUAACGGAAGGUCGUUUGAAAACUAUUGCGAGUACGAAAAAUACAAAUGCACACACCGUGAUGUACAUGUUGUAGACUGUACUGUUUAAUGUUUCCGUCUGAUUUGUUUGUUAAUAUUUGUACUUUUUAUUUAUUAUAGAAGUAAAAUACAGAAAAAAUA